UUUUGUUACUGAAGUCAGCACUUGCAUCUCUGAAUUCACGCCAGGAACAGAUGUGAUAAGAAGACACCAUUUAUAUGCACUCAUUGUUUGGGAUUGAACUCUGCUUAAGAGAAAGUUGCGUAGAGAGAAGUCUGUGAUGAAGAAAAGCUCUUUUUAAUAUACUGAUUCUUUUAGAACCAGGACAAGGUUUUUAUGGCUUUUAAACAGCCAUUUUCCCCCUAUUAGUCAUUUUGAUUGAAGAGAUGGAAAAAUGAAGUGAGCAACUCAUGAAGAAGAUAUAGAACUGUUUUGAAGAGCUUCAUUUUCAAAUGCUCCUAUUGGGAUCAAGUCUGUCAGACUGGAAAUCGGAACUAUCCUCUGUGAACAGUUUUCAGAGUCUGGGCAAGAUCACCAACCUGUGAAAUUCAUGAAGAAUGUUCCUGUUUAAGUGAAUGAGACUGAGUCCCCUGAAAUAAAGAAAGAGCAUGCACAUGAAUCAGAAGAUUACUUAAAGAGAGCCAUGAAGGAAAUGCCUUAUCUAAGAAUGAAAGCAUGGUGACUUCUGAAUAUUACAUCACCAAAUGAGGAACCCACAAGCAAGACAUAAUUUCUACUUGGCGGCACCUGACUUGCUGGAUCCCAAAUCGGCCACUCAGAACUCCAAACCGAGAUUAUCAUUUUCUACCAAGCCUACCGUGCUCUCUUCACGGGAGGAAAGUGAUUCAGCUAUCAAUGUUAUGAAAUGGAAGACAGUCUCAACAAUUUUUCUGGUGGUAGUCGUGUAUUUAAUAAUAGGAGCAACAGUGUUUAAAGCCCUGGAGCAGCCUCAUGAAACCUCCCAGAGAGCCACAAUUGUGAUUCAGAAGCAGACGUUCGUAUCUCAGCAUUCCUGUGUGAAUGCGACAGAGCUUGAUGAACUGAUUCAGCAAGUAGUGGCAGCAAUAAAUGCAGGAAUCAUACCUUUAGGAAACACAUCUACUCAGAUCAGUCACUGGGACUUGGGAAGUUCCUUCUUCUUUGCUGGCACUGUUAUUACCACCAUAGGCUUUGGAAACAUCUCCCCACGCACACAAGGUGGAAAGAUAUUCUGUAUCAUCUAUGCCUUACUGGGAAUUCCUCUGUUUGGUUUUCUCUUGGCUGGUGUUGGAGAUCAACUGGGGACAAUCUUUGGAAAAGGAAUUGCCAAAGUAGAAGAUACCUUUGUUAAAUGGAACGUGAGUCAGACAAAGAUUCGCAUUAUUUCAACAAUAAUAUUCAUACUCUUUGGCUGCGUGCUGUUUGUUGCUCUUCCUGCAGUUAUAUUCAAGCACAUAGAAGGCUGGAGCACACUAGAUGCAAUUUACUUUGUUGUAAUCACUUUAACUACCAUUGGAUUCGGUGACUAUGUUGCAGGAGUUUGUGGUUCGGAACAAAUUCUGACUUACACCAAAUCAAAAAUUUAUGCUGUUUCGAAGCAAAGAGUCUUGGUGCUCUAA